AAGCCACUUUCCAGAGUGCAGCUAAAACUGGUCUGCAACAUUAAACCUGCACCUAAUUUAGUAAAGGGAAAGGAAAGGGGACAUUGGUGAUACUGUAUUGGUGCAAACCUUCUGCCUAAAGACUGGUGUCACUCUUUUGCCUUUCUUUUAAUUGGUCGCACUUUGCUUUAGCAACAAACAUCAUUGUCAGCGGUUGCAACCUUUUUUCCGUUUGGCCCAAACCCUAGAGAUUUGACUUAUUUUCUGACUUUUCAUUUUGGGGCUUGUUAAAUGCAAUUGGAGCUAUCAUACGUUGGUCAAUAAUGGUCACGCUGAGAACCUAGUAUGAUAUACAAGCAGGAUGGAAGACAUUUUAAGACGGGAAUGGCAUGCUACUGUUGCUUUCUGUAAUUUUGCAGUGGCUUGCGGUCAUCCAAAAGUUGUGCAGUGCUCCGUAGAUUUAUCUGGAUGGGCAAAGAAAAUCUUUUGUGUGCUGCUUUGCACGGAAAUCUUGUUCUGCUCACGUCAAGAUUGCUUUGAAUAACUUAAAAACUUUUUAGGAUCAGCAAUCUGAAUUUUAGCGAACCAGUCAUGUCUCCCACAACUGCCUGGUGAACUCCGUCAACCAAAUAACAUUAUAUAAGAAAGUUUAGAAACCCCACGAGCCACAAAAUUAAAACUCUCACUUCUCUAGCAUGGAAGACAAGAAAAACUUGCUCUCCAUUAUAAUUCCUGCUGUCUUUGCUUUGCUGCAUUUUGUUGUUAGCGGUGCAGUUGGCGCGUCCUCUGGCGGGAGAAAAGGGACAUGGCAGCUACUACGACAGAAUACCGGGGUUGUGGCCAUGCACAUGGCUUUAACAAAUCGCAACACUGUUAUUAUUUUUGAUCAAACUGGAGCAGGCCCCUCCCGUUACCGGCUUCGUAGACGCUAUAGUGGGAAAAGGUGCACUCGUGCCCGUGAAGAUUUAGAAGAUUGGUCGUGCUAUGCUCAUUCCGUUGAGUACAACAUAGAUGGUCAUAAUGUUAGGUCGCUAAGGCUUGACACUGAUACCUGGUGCUCCUCAGGUACGUUCCUAAGCAAUGGUACACUUCUUCAGACUGGUGGACACGGUAGUGGUUCUCAAAAAGUACGAUACUUCAGUCCUUGUAGCAAUGGCCAGUGCAAUUGGAGGCAAUCAAAGAGGUCAUUGUCAGAUGACCGAUGGUACGCAUCCAAUCAGUUACUGCCCGAAAAUGAUAGAGUCAUUGUUGUCGGUGGAAGGAGGGUCUUUAGUUAUGAAUUUGUUCCUAAAUUGCACUCCAGUGACAGGUCUUUUAAUCUUCCCUUUCUGCGUAAGACGAACAACAAGAAUGCUGGCGGAAACAACCUCUAUCCUUUCCUCCACCUUUCUUCAGAUGGCAACUUAUUCAUUUUUGCCAACCGUGACUCAAUCCUUUUCAAUUAUAGACAACACAAGGUGAUCAAGACCUUUCCCCGGAUUCCCGGGGGAGGUUCAAGAAACUACCCAAGCUCAGGGUCAUCAGUAAUUCUCCCGUUGAACCAUGAAGACAGGUUCCGCAAAGUGGAAGUCAUGGUGUGUGGAGGUGCAGCCUCGGGAGCUUAUGAAGUAGCAGAAAGAGGGACAUUCCUCAAGGCACUGAGCUCCUGCGGUAGAAUGGUCAUCUCAGGGAACAGACACAAAUGGAAGAUGGAAAACAUGCCGGGACCCCGUACCAUGCAUGACAUGUUGAUCCUCCCAACGGGCCAUAUACUGAUCAUCAAUGGUGCUAAACGUGGUUGUGCCGGAUGGAACAAUGCAGCAACUCCUUCUCUCCAGCCUUACCUGUACAAGCCAAAGAAAACGCUAGGCAAAAGAUUUUCAGUCCUGAAAUCCACCAAGAUUGCCAGAAUGUAUCACUCGUCAGCUCUUGUUUUACCUGAUGGGAGAAUCUUGGUUGCUGGUGGCAAUCCUAAUAACAGGUACAUUUUUAGAAAUGUGUCCUACCCAACUGAACUAAGGUUACAAGCAUUUAUCCCUAACUAUAUGGAUCGGCAAUACCAUCACUUAAGGCCAGGUAAUGUGUCUAUAAAGUAUAGAAGCAGCUCAGAUGGCAUUGCAUAUGGAGAAGAGUUCGCUGUUCAGUUCUGGCUGGGAAGAAGGCCUAGCAAGGAGGUGGAAUAUAGCGUCUACGCACCGCCAUUCACGACACAUUCCAUUUCAAUGAAUCAAAGACUGCUGAAACUGAGGUCCAAGAAUACGGUGAGGGAUAAGGGUGGUUGGAUGGUUGCCGUUUUGGAGGCUCCUCCAUCUCCAAACGUGGCACCCCCUGGUUACUAUUUGCUGACUGUUGUGAAUGAAGGCAUUCCCAGCUUAUCUCAAUGGAUUAGAUUCAUCCAUGCUUGAUCCUUUCUUAUACUAAGUCUUCACUUCUUAAUUUUUUUUAAAUUUGCUGAAAGAUCGUGCAAUGAGAUAUUCUGUGAUCAUUACCUAUUUUUGUUUUCUCCCUUCUUGUUUACCUGUAUUGCAAUUUUCUAUAAAUCAGCCAUUUUUCCCGUUCCCGGGGCCAUGGCAAUUCUAUGACCCAAGAAGAUUUGGGUCGCUUCCAAUCAACAUAUUUGUACCCAAGUCUAUCAAUUGGUUGGCAGACCCAAAUAAACAGUUUUCCUAGUGAAGUGACCCAAUGCUUUCAUUGAUGUUGAGAAUUAGGUACAGGCUUUAAUCGAAAUCAAGAGUUUGAAAGAUGAUUAUUUUUUUAAUCUUAAUGGGGACAGUCAUUGGUUCUAGAUUAAGAUGUACAUAUCUUCUGUGCAAUGAAGAAAAAUGCGGUCAAGUUUUGGAGCGAGCCAAUUUUCAGGUGCUUUCUUUGAGGGGCUCGGCCAUAGGCACUUGGGCUUCAACAGCGACAACAAUCAGUAAAGGAAAAUAACCAGCUGCAGCUACUAACAAUAUUAUUAACGUCAAUGUAAAGUUGUAGUAUCCGAAGUUGUCUCGUCAACUACCAUUACCAAAAAAUUCCAGCUCCCCUGUUUGCCUUAAUUGCACUCAACUCGUUUCUGUGCCGUUGUCACUUUCGUUAGAAAUUGAAGAGGAAAAAGAAAAGGUAAAAGAAAUGAUAAAAUUAUCAAAAUCCCGUGAAGGUAAAGAAAAGCAGACCCAUCAUCUCUCCUUCACAAGCUCAUCCUAUAUCUACCCUGUAUCCUACUUAACUACUAUCCAUUAGUUAUGAAAUGGCUUCAAUGCCCAAGUUUUCUUAUCACAGGCUGAAGAAUGAAGGUUGGUUUGAUGAAGUUGAAGAAGAACAAGCAAUAUUAUUCAAGAAGACAAGGAAAUGGUCAAGGGGGCUGAGGAGGUUCGGCAUUAGGAAGCGGCCAAAGCUUCGAAUUCCUGGCUUGAGAAGGUUCGUGAGAAAGAGAAGCAGGUUUCUCUCUAAAGUUAAACUUUCAUGGGGAAAGGCUUUGAAGAGGCUGAAGAAUGGGCAGGCUCAUAUGAACGAUCUGUUCGGUGGGAAUUUCCUGGUUCUGCAGGUCAACCAUACGCCUUUUAGAAGUGGCGAGAAGCCUUGCAGGGAUCAUGGCCUUCGUGGCUGGUAGCCUGCUCCAAGAAUUACUAGAUGGCCCCCUCUUGAUCUUGGUGUGUUUAAUUUUACCUCUGAUAUUAUGGUAUGAGAAUUAUCUGAUGCCCAGAAGUUAAAUAUAUAGGACAUUUUUAUGUUUAAUUGAAUAUUAUUGCUUGUCCAUCCACAUAUAUUAUUUAUCA